UCCUCGCCCCUCUGCCCGGCCUACCGCAAGGAGGUGGUGGGCAUGGUGGACGACCGAGUGUGCAAGAAGUGCCCGCCGCAGCGCCUCAGCCGCUUCCAGGAGGAGUGCCACAAGUACCGCACGCUGGUCAUCAAGGGCGUCCGCGUCUUCGACCUGGCUGUCCUCGCCCCGCUCAUGCGGGACCCGACCCUGGACCUCAAAGUCAUCCACCUGGUGCGGGUCCCCCGGGCCGUCGCCAGCUCCCGUUGGCACGGCCUCAUCCGGGAGAGCCUGCAGGUGGUGAGGAGCAGGGACCCCCGCAUCCAUCGCAUGCCCUUCCUCGAUGCCGGCCACAAGCUGGGCGGGAAGAAGGAGGGGGGGGGUGGUUCGGACUACCAUGCACUGGGUGCCAUGGAGGUCAUCUGCAGCAGCAUGGCCAAGACCCUGCAGACCGCCCUGCACCCCCCUGACUGGCUGCAGGGCAACUACAUGGCCGUGCGCUAUGAGGACCUGGUGGUCGAGCCCAUCAAGACCCUGCGGCAGGUGUACGGCUUCGUCAACUUGUCGGUCAGCCCGGAGAUGGAGAAGUUCGCCCUCAACAUGACCAGCGGCCCCGGCUACUCCUCCAAGCCCUUCGUGGUGUCGGCCAGGAACGCCACCCAGGCGCUGAGCGCCUGGAGGACUGCGCUCAGCUACCAGCAGAUCAAGCAGGUCGAGGAGUACUGCCACCAGCCCAUGGCCCUGCUGGGCUACGAGAGGGUCGGCAGCCCCGACGAGGUGAAGGACCUCAAAAGGUAA